CUUCCAUGUUUGAUUAAACAAGUGUAAUUAGAACAAUCGAGUUCUCCUUGAGGUUUUCACACAGAUGAAAAAUUAUGUGCGAAUAAAAUUUCAGUAUCUUGAUUUUUUGAAAUGAAGCGCUACUAUUUUUUAUUUUGCAUUUCAAUUGGUUUGGGUUAUAAAUUACCCGAAGGCAUUUCACUUUGUCAUAGAUCUCAACCGGAUUUUACACAGUGUGUUGCUAAAAAUAUGAGAGGUGGAAUACUUGCGUUUAAAUCAGGUAACAAAGAAAUGGGAGUUCCUGUGUUGGAUCCAUAUUUCAUUGAAAAAUUAGAAAUCAAACCACCAGCAUCAGGGAAAACAGUGGCUAUUCAUAUUACAUUUAAUAAUGUAUACGUUUAUGGAAUGACUACGUUCGAAAUAGAGCAUUUGGAGAUAGAUAUAGACAAAGGCUGCAGUUGGACAGCUGAGUUUUUGACUCCUGUAAUUAGAGUGCAGGCAGAUUAUCAAAUAGAAGGACAGCUUAUGGUAUUUACUUUAAAUGCCCAUGGAAAAUCUAACGUAACUCAAAAUAAUCUUCGAGAUCAACACAAAAUGUGGUGUGAAAAAUACCAAAAGAAUGGAAAAACGCAUGUUCGUAUUACCAAGUACACCAUGGAUAUGCAACCUGAGAAUAAUAUAUUCGAAUUUACUAAUUUAUUUCCAGCAGACAAAGCUAUAGAAGAUAAAAUCCUCAAAACCAUCAACGAAAAUAAUUUGUCAAUCUUCAAUGAACUCAAAGACGGAUUUGAACAAAUCUUUUCAAUGAUUUAUCUACAAACCUCUAACAAAGUUUUGUCAAAAAUCCCUUUGGAUGAAUUGUUUUUGCCCUAAAUUGUAACUAGGGAGUGUAUGUAUUAUAAAUCAGUAUUUCUAACCUAGAAUAAAAUAAUACAAG